UCCCUUGUGAGGUAGGUCGAUGUGAUACCGCUAUCAACAAUCUGACACGCAAUACAGAAUCAUUCAAGCCGGAAGUGCUGUCGGUGUUUCCACAACACGUUUUUGACGGGAUUUUGGAAAUUUUCGGUGAAUCGAGACUGAGGCACCUCUUGCCGCUCGAUCAUCGGGCGUGAGCGCACUAUUUCGUCAUUCUUCUACGGAUGUGUAAUCCUGAAGAUUGAUCUGAAGAACCACGUGCACAAUCAGAAAAAUAUCCGGACAUACCUCAACUAGCAAGGAAAACAUGGCGGAAAAGAUGUAUUACUGGGGAGAAGAAAAGGAUCACGUGGAUCCGGAUCAAGCUUUUAUAGAGUUCAAAGCGAAGUCGGUAGCUGACAGGAAGAAGGAUUACUCUUCUGGUUCGGUUCCAAAGAUGUCCGUGUCUUCGCCUCAAGGUAGAGCAACGGAAGUCGGCAACCGAGAAGAGGAUGCGGAACGAGGCGGAUGGGACAAUAAACUAGACUUCCUGUUCUCUUGCAUCAGCGUGUCCGUCGGAUUGGGCAACGUCUGGAGAUUUCCGUAUUUGUGUUACAAAAAUGGCGGUGGUGUGUUUCUCAUUACUUACGGAAUCGCUAUGGUGUUUUGUGGCAUACCAAUUUUCUUCCAAGAAGUGGCUAUUGGACAAUACCUUGGUGCUGGAGGGAUGACGCUCGUGGGACAAUUAUGUCCUCUUUUACAAGGUGUUGGGUACGCUACCAUGACGAUCGUAUUUUUCCUAGACGUAUACUAUUGUAUAAUUAUCGCUUGGACACUUUUCUACCUCAUAAGCACAUUUGUGAAUAUACAUGGGGUACCCUGGAGAGGUUGUGGCAAUUGGUGGAACACCAAAGACUGUUUUGCUGGUUCCGAUGAACAUUUCCGAGACAUAUUUCAUUCAAAUAGUACAAAUGCAACUAGUAAUAUUACUUUGCAUCAUACGACACCCGUCGAAGAAUAUUGGGAACGAAGAGUUCUUGGGAUCAGUUCCGGUAUCGAAAGCAUCGGUGGUGUACAGUGGGAGCUGUUUGGUUGCCUAAUCUUUGGCUGGCUGCUGGUCUACUUGAUCAUCCGACGUGGCCUUCAUCAGAGCGGUAAGAUCAUCUGGUUUUCAGCCUUGUUCCCCUACGUGGUGCUUUUCAUUCUUUUGGGAAGAGCGGUGACAUUGGACGGCUCCUACGACGGUUUACUAUACUACAUCACGCCCAGAUGGGACCAGCUGCUGUCACCGGGACCGUGGAUCGAUGGUGCCACGCAAAUUUUCUUCGCUUACAGUAUCGGUACUGGAGCUCUGCCUGCUUUGGGAUCGUACAAUAAGUUUCACCAUAACUGCUACAAAGACGCAUUGAUCACUUGCGUGGUGAACACGUUAACUUGUCUGUUGGCCGGUUGCGUUACCUUCUCCAUACUGGGUCACAUCGCUUUGGAACAAGAUACAGAAGUGUCGGAGGUCGUGAAAAGUGGUCCAGGCCUCGUUUUCCUCACCUAUCCGGAAGUGGUGCUUAAAUUACCUGGCGCCUCGGUGUGGGCCAUUAUCUUCUUCGUUAUGCUGCUCAUACUCGGAAUCGACAGCGAAUUUUGUAUAGUGGAGUCCUUCAUCACUGGUAUGGUGGACAACUGGCCAGAUCAGCUUCGUCCCCACAGAAAGAAGUUCACCAUCGCUAUCUGUCUUUUAAUGUUCCUCCUGGGAAUUCCUAUGGUGACCCACGGAGGAGUGUACAUAUUCCAGUUAAUGGACUUUUAUUCGGCGAGUGGUAUGUCGAUUUUAUGGGUCUGUUUCUUCCAAACGAUCGCAAUAUCUUGGAUCUUCGGCGCGAAGAAAUUUUGCGACUGCAUUCACCAAAUGAUGGGCAUACGACUGAAUAAAUUCUGGUACAUAUGUUGGGUGGUGUUCGCGCCGAUAAUCAUGGCUUUUAUCUUCGUGUUCCAAUGCGUUCAAUACAAACCACUUAAAUAUGGAAGUGACUACGAAUACCCAACAUGGGCGGAAAUUGUGGGAGUUUGCCUCAGUUUGUCAUCCAUGAUUUGGAUACCGGCCUAUGCUCUCUAUUACGUUAUUAUCACUCCAGGAUCCAUCAAAGAGAAUAUCCUGAAGGGUUUAAAACCAAACAUAACGUCGCACCCAAAGUUACCAAAGGGAGAGAAGUCAGCAGUGAUACCAAUGUCCGAAAGCAGCGCAGGAUUGAUCACCAAGAAUAACAGCUUCCUAAGUCAGACAUGAUCGUUUCCCUAAACGA